GGAACCGGAAAAUGCGACGGUCAGAUUUCCAAUAUGGAAGCGUCCAGUUCUGAAGGAGACUGAAUUACCGCUGUAAGCAGUUAGUCUGGACCAUGAAGACCUACUGUCUCUUGCGGCUGCUGGCCCAGUCCGGCAGACCCGCUGGGGCUCUGCUCCUCUCACCCUCCUCCAGUCGCUUGGAUAACCCACAGCACCAGCUGUUGAGAUGUUUUCACAGCAGCCCGGCGUCUCCAUCGCGUUGGCCUCGGCCCGCACGUUUCACCAAGCAGGACAAGUCAGAGAAGACAAACUCUCUGGUCCAUAAGGAGGACUUCUUUGAGCAUAUUGCCAAAGAGUCCAAAACAAAGGCCACGUUUAACCAAAUAAUCGAUGUCUUCAUCAAGAGGGACAUCCGGCGGCGGGGUCACGUGGAGUUCAUCUACGCCGCUCUGCGUAAAAUGCCAGAAUUUGGGGUGGAAAAAGACCUGAGCGUGUACAACAAGCUGCUGGAUGUGUUUCCUAAAGAGGUCUUUGUCCCCGAGAACGCUAUUCAGCAGAUGUUCCUUCAUUAUCCCAGACAGCAGGAGUGUGGGGUGGCAGUUCUGGAACAUAUGGAGAACUACGGUUUGAUGCCCAACCUUGAGACCAAGGUCCUGCUCAUCCAGAUCUUUGGACGCAAGGGCCACCCUGUUAGAAAGUACCAGCGUUUGCUGUACUGGUUCCCCAAAUUCAAGCACAUAAACCCUUACCCGAUUCCACACCACAUGCCUGAGGACCCAGUGGACCUGGCCCGCUUCAGCUUGACUCGCAUCGCCAACGACCUGGAUGCUAAAAUUACCAUCUACCAGCAGCCAUGUGCAGAAACCACAGAGAGCGGAGAGGAAAUCAAACUUCCAUAUGUCGUCGGUAUUCAGAGCCCUGAUCAGAUGGAGCUGCUGUCCAAACACAACCCGAAGCGGCCGGUGUUUGUGGAGGGCCCCUUCCCUCUGUGGCUGAAGAAGACCUGCGUUUACUACUACAUCCUCAGAGCCGACCCCACACCACCAGAGGAGAAGGUGGAGGAGCCCUAUGAUCCAGAGAGGUGCUUCUACUACCCUCUGCAGCUGGACCUUAAUCUGGAGCGUGACUUGGAGGAUGACGAGGACUUCAGUGUGGAUGACUUGGACGACGGUCCGGUCUUCGGCAUGUGUAUGACCGACCGGGGAGAUCAAGCGACUCUGAACCAGUGGAUCUCCGGCCUCCAGCUGAACAAUCCCAUCUUGGGUCAGGUCCCCACACUGUUCCGCCUACACAGUGGCCCCCGAGAAGUGCAAGAGACGGACACAGCCAAGUUGGGUCAAAGCCAUCGGCCUCAUUCUGAGACCCCGCAAGAAGAUCCACAGUCUGAAGAACAUGGUGUAGAAGAUGAAGAGUCCAGGAGGAGCCACAGGAUGAAGCAAUGAAAGCUCAUAACGAGUUUAUGUUUAAAGAAUUUUCUAUCCAAACUUCUGUCAUCCACAACUCUUUUAAUCUAAAUGUUUAAGAUGGUGGUCAGUACCUCUCACAGGAUCGUAUUGUGGGAUCAAUCCUACGUUUUGAAAGAAAUUCUUCAAACAUUGUAGUAAUUUAAGUUCUACCACAAUGGCAGAGUUUUAGACUAAGACAUGGUAGACUUGUAGCCAUCUUGGGUCAAGCCUUGAAAAUGACAUUAUGAAUCUCUAUUAGAGUUUGGAGUACGUGUUGAAGAGGACUCGGCUACCAGCACAUCAAACGUUAAGAUCUGUGAAAUUCUCUGAGUUAGAGCCACUAAUGAGCUCUGCGGCAGCCAUCAUGAAAUCUAAAAGUAUUUGCAGACGUUAAUCCGAUAGGCAUUUUGUGUUGUUAAAUUUCACCUGGUGGCUAAGGGAAUAUUCUGCUAACACAACUGUCUGCCUUCACCUUUCAACAGUGAG